AUGCUGGAGAAAAAUCAAACAGCUGUGACUGAAUUCUUCCUUCUUGGAUUCCAGGGGCUUGGCUCUUUGAAACUGAUCUUUUUUCUUCUAAUAUUUAUUGCAUACAUUAUGACAAUAACUGUAAAUAUUGUGAUUAUAAUAUUGGUGUCUACAAAACAACAAUUGCACCUUCCUAUGUAUUUCUUUCUCAAACAAAUGUCAGCCGUGGAAAUUAUUAAGGUUACUAUUAUUGUGCCCAAUAUGCUGUAUGUUAUAUGGCUAAAUGGAGGUCUGGUUUAUGUUAAAGGCUGUAUCACUCAGACUUAUUUAUGUGCUGCUGUAGGAAGCACAGAGUGCUUUCUCCUUACGGUAAUGUCCUAUGACCGUUAUUUGGCAAUUUGCAAUCCUUUGUUUUAUAACGCAAUCAUGGACUUCAAGCUUCGUUAUCGCUUGGCCAUUUGCAUCUGGAUGUUUGGUUUUCUUGUUAACGUAAUAACUCUUGUUCUUCUGUUUAACCUUCAGUUCUGUGAACUCAAUGUCAUUGACCAUUUCUUCUGUGAUCUUGCUCCUAUUCUAGAGCUUUCAUGUUCUGAUACGUUUGGUUUGCAAAUUGAAAUAGUGUUGAUUUGCAUCCCUAUAAUUUUAGUGCCUUUUAGCUUAAUUACUCUUAGCUACAUCUGCAUUUUUAUAACUAUCCUUGGGAUUUCCACAACCAUGAAGAGAAAGAAAGCAUUCUCCACCUGUAGUUCCCACCUAUCUGUUGUGUGUAUCUUUUUUGGGACCUUGAUUGCUACCUACUUGGUUCCAAAUAAGGGACAUGCAUUGACUGUAAACAAAGUUAUUGCACUGGUAUACACUGUGAUUACUCCAUUGUUCAAUCCAGUAAUAUACAGCCUUCGCAAUAAGGAGAUAAGAAUUGCCAUUGGAAAAAACAUUAGAUGUUAA